AAACAAAAACACGCAUUAUAAUUGCAAAUAAUUACAUUCCAUUUCAAAAAUAUUUUGUUGAGAUUAUUAGUUGUUUACAAUCGCCUGCUGGUUAUAAUUACUUUUGGGUGUAAUACGUGCUGUUUAACGUUUUCUUAGUGUGGCGACACUGCAAAUUCUAGAAUUUCGUGGUUAGGUUAUGUUUCAUCGAUAAAUUACUGCAUUUAAAAAGAAAAUUCAUAAUGACGUUGAUUGUGAAGUAACACCGGAGUAUUUCAAACAAAAUAUCAUCAGUGCCAUUAGACAACUAUUUGGAGAGGUCUCAGCGUGUGUUGAUAUAGACAUCUUGAAAUAUAAUUCUAUCUCAAAACGUGCUGUCGUACGUGUACCUGGCGACUAUUACGUUAAAACUCGUAGCAGCUUAACCCUGUGUGGAAAGUAUCAGGAUACCGCUUGCUCUUACCAAAUUCACAAAGCAAGUCCAGUAUUAUUAAACCUACAAGGUGACAGUCGGGAUUAUACAUUUUAAAAUAAUGUCUUUCUGCCAAAGGCUAGGCCCUGAUGGCAAAGAUAUUGUAAUAUUUGCGACAGCUGAAGAUCAUAAGACUCCAAGUACAGUUACUUUACCAGAGCCGGAUCAACAGCCUGGGUUAAUUUUACCAAAUGGCGAUAUAAAUUGGAAUUGUCCUUGUCUAGGUGGAAUGGCCACAGGUCCAUGUGGUGUCGAAUUUAGGAACGCGUUUAGUUGUUUUCAUUAUUCAGAAGCAGAUCCAAAAGGUAGUGACUGUUAUGACCUUUUUAAAACCAUGCAGAACUGCAUGCAGAAAUAUCCCACUCUCUACAAUAAGGACCUAGCUGAUGAUGAGGACUUCAGUUCGAUGGAUUCAGAUAAAAAGGAUUCACCUGAUAAAUCCUCUGAAAAAUCGGAUAAGAAGUCCUCUUAGGAACUAUAUUAAAAGUAACUUAGUUGUUUUAUAGUUUAAUUAAGGAGAGAUUUUUACUAUUUCCUCCAACAUUUUUUUAUUGUUACAUAAAUGGUAUUACAAUAAUGUAACAAUUCAAAAAAUUUUUUUUUAGAUUUUCAUUUUUUUAUUGAGUAAUGAUUCACAUUGGUUACUCAGUUUGGAGAAUGAAGUAGUAAUGAAGACUAAAAGUGUUUGUCAAGCAAGUAAUUGCAGAAAUGUAACUGAUUUUUUUUUGUAAUAAAAGAUUUUGUUAUUAUGUGUA